CUCCUGCUCCGGCUGCACCUCCGGCUCCGCCUCCCCGCACCAGUUUCCUCCCCCCUCCCCUCCCCUCGCCUCCCCUCUCCUCUCCUCUCUCCUCCUCAGUUCGAGAGAGAGAGAGAGAGAGAGCUACCUGCAACCUCGAGUAUCAUUUUGUGUAUGUGCAGAGAGUUUUGAUUUUCUGAACGAGAGCACUGGUCAAGAUGCCAGCACUGAGGAUGAAGAGGAUGUUUGAUGAUGAUGGUUUUGGGAAUGAGUUCAACACCAAGGCCGUGAAAUCCAUGAAAAUUUCGCAUUUUCAUGUCGGUGAGUUGGAGCAGUCAGCUGUGUUGAACUCAUCUGAUAAAUAUCCUCAGGAUGAGCCUGAUCCGACAAUUCAGCUUGCUGGCCAGGAUAUUAGGGCAACAGAAGCUGCUGGCUUGCAUGAUUUGCUUGGAGGAACGUCCAUUGCUGUUCUCAAGGAUUUAACAUCUGAAGUGGGAGUUUCACCAAAUUCCGAGGUUGAUUCCUUCGCUAAUGGCACCAAAUCUCAGUUAAAUGUAGUAAAUUAUGUUGACAAAGAGUUUGCAGAUGAGGAUGUAAAUUCUUCAGCACACAAUUUUUAUGCUGUUAAUGAUCAUGAAGCAAGCUGGGGUUCAAAUCAGGGUUGCAGCCUGCUGGACAUUUAUGGUCCAGAUGAUGCUUUCUCUUUCUUAUUUGAUAACCCACCUGAUCUUCUGCCUAGUUAUACUGGACUAUGCGACGAAUUUGUACCCAUUGAUGCAUUGAUAAACAUGAGUGGCAGAUGUGGAGUAUUCCCACUUAUGGAGAGUGCCACAGUAGCGAGUAAUGUUAAUAAGCAAUGCUCAUCUGAGGUUGAUAUGUGCUUUAGUAACCCUGAGGUGUUAGAGUGGCUUAAUCCACAUCUAUCCGAGGAGGAUUUACCAGAUCUUAUUGAUUAUGCUGUGUUGAAUUCAAAAGCUGCUUCUGUAUCAAAAGAGCAAGGGACCAGGAAGGUCACUCUUGUACUUGAUUUAGACGAAACCCUUGUUCAUUCGACUAUGGAGCACUGUGAUGAUGCUGAUUUUACUUUUCCUGUGUUCUUUAAUAUGAAAGAGCAUGUGGUAUAUGUGAAAAAGAGACCACAUGUCCACAUGUUCCUCGAAAAGAUGGCUGAGAUGUUUGAGGUAGUGAUAUUCACAGCCAGUCAAAGUGUUUAUGCAGACCAGUUGCUUGACAUGCUGGAUCCAGAGAAAAAACUUUUCACCAAGCGUUAUUUCCGGGAAUCAUGCGUAUUCACAGAGAGCAGCUACACAAAAGAUCUGAAUGUUGUCGGAGUUGACCUCGCAAAGGUUGCCAUAAUUGACAACACUCCACAGGUUUUCCAGUUGCAAGUGAAUAAUGGUAUACCAAUAGAGAGUUGGUAUAAUGACCCCUCGGACGAGGCGUUACCUCAGUUGAUCCCUUUCCUGGAGACCCUUGCUGUUGCGGAUGAUGUCCGACCAAUCAUUGCCAAGAAGUUCGGCAACAGAAUAGAUGGUUGCUGAAGUUUUUGAAUUAAGUGUUAGGAUAUUCUUGUUUACUCACAUAGCGGAACAAGAACUUGCAUGAUGUGUUGACAGGACUAGUUUGGACUUGAUUCUCCUUACAGAAAAUUGGUUUCAUAGGAUUAAGAAUUUGGUGCGGGGCUAUUUCUUAGAAUUGUAAAUAUCCUCAAUUUUGCUAUGCGAUCUUGUACAUAGAAUGCUGUCGGAAAUGAAAGACUGAAAGUGAACCUCCUUGCAUAA